GUUUUGAACAUCAUAAAUCAAAUAAUGGAUGAAUGCAUUCCACAUGAACGGGCCAACCGAGACUUUUGUGUUAAGUUUCCAGAGGAAAUACGCCAUGACAACCUGGCAGGACAGCUUUGGUUUGGAGCAGAAUGUUUGGCUGCUGGUUCAAUUAUUAUGAAUCGUGAAAUUGAGAGUAUGGCUAUGAGGCCCUUGGCCAAGGAUCUGACCCGAAGCCUAGAGGAAGUUAGGAAUAUCAUUCGUGACCAGGCUUUACGGGAUUUGAACCUCUACACAGAAAAAAUGAGAGAUUCACUGAAGCAUUUUGAUGUCCUUUUUGCUGAAUUUGAAUUAAGUUAUGUGUCGGCCAUGGUACCUGUGAAGUCUCCAAAAGAAUAUUAUGUACAGCAGGAGGUAAUCGUACUUUUCUGUGAGACUGUGGAGAGAGCCUUAAGGCUUGGAUACCUCACUCAAGAUAUGAUCGAUGACUAUGAGCCAGCUUUAAUGUUUACAAUUCCAAGAUUAGCCAUUGUAUGUGGCCUUGUCGUCUACUCCGAGGGACCAUUGAACUUGGACCAUAAACCAGAAGAUAUGUCUGAACUCUUCAGACCUUUUCACACUUUGCUAAGAAAAAUAAG